CAGCAACUACCCUCACAGCACCAUGAAGUUCCUGAUUGUCGCCCUGGCGUUGGCCGCCGUGGUGUGCGCGCAGGAGACACGUGACAAGCGAGGCCUUAUCGGCCUUGCCUCCCCCCUCGUCGCCACCCAAUCCGUCAUCGGCUCACCCGCCGUCAUCGGCUCACCC